AUGGACGCUCAAGGAGAUGCCGGUGCGCAGGGUGGAAGUCAAGGACCACGACCAUCGAACAAGCGCCUUCAGCAGACACAAGCUCAGGUUGACGAGGUCGUCGGAAUCAUGAAGGUGAAUGUGGAGAAGGUUUUGGAGCGUGAUCAGAAACUCUCGCAAUUGGACGACCGAGCUGAUGCUCUUCAAGAGGGUGCCUCGCAAUUCGAAAAAUCGGCUGCUACUCUGAAGCGUAAAUACUGGUGGAAGAACAUCAAGAUGAUGAUCAUCAUGUGCGCCAUCGUCGUCAUCCUCAUCAUCAUCAUCGUUUUGUGGGCCGGAAAAAUGGCGGUGGAAAACCCCCCGUUCUCCGAUAGAUCGGAGCAAUUUAGAUCGCUUGCGACAUCAAUCGAGCAGAAACACAUUAGAAGACACAAUGAAAAGCCAGGAGUUUCUCGUCGAGAUGAAAACCGUCCGUCGCCAGCCUUUACAAACAUUUCUAAUGUAGUCUAUCCGCUUGCCACUGAAAUGUAUAUUUUUCGUAAAAAGCUUGAAGAACGUUCGCAAGACUACAUUUUCGCUACUCCAGCAUACUCAAAAAUGAGUUCAGAAGAGCGAGAAAGCUUCGAUGCUGAUGUGAAAGAGAAGUUAUCCCAAUUCGAGUCGUUCAUCAAUCAGCUCGGUCAGCGUGUGAAUAGCAAUGACGGAUUGCGAAAUGCGACAGAAAGAGGACAUCUCACGAGAGUUCAAGAGGGAUUGAGAACAUAUCUGAAAGAAAUCGUCGAUUUUGUGUCUCUUUUGAAAAAGGAGCACUUGAGACGGCUACAAGCGAAAAAUCGGUCGCUGGCUGAUGAUGUGAAGGAAGCGAAGAAAGAUGGGCAUGUUUUCAAGUAUCUUUCCGGACUCGACGAACUGCUUUACAAUUCGGAUCUCGAAUUUAGUCCGAAAUUGAUUGACAAGCUUCAAAAACUGUCUACGAAACAUCCUUGCCUCCAGUACAAACCACAGCAAGAAACAUCUUUAGACCGUGAUUACGAUCUUGUGGAAGAUAUAACAAGCCUAACAGGAAAACGUGAAGAAUUUCAGACAGACGAUGGAUGGGAUGGAAUCGAUGAGUUGGAGCUUGACGAUGCUCCAAAACCGCAGAGACAAGAGCCAUCAAAAGAGAAUCGUGCAUCACCAAUUCUGUUCAAUGAAACUGUUCGAAAUAGACGCCGUGCUGGAUUUGAACCAGAACAAGAUCAGCUACGAGAUAGUUAUGAAAGAUGGAAAAGUGAUCAAGGCGAUCAAUUUGCUGAACAAUUCCAGCAACAGACUGCAAUUAUCAAAGAAGAAUUUGUGAAAGCAGAUCGUGACGAUGAAAUUGAGAAAUUGGAGCAACAGAUUUCAGAAAUUCAGUCAUUAUCUUCAGUUUUCUCAGAAAAAAUUAUGGAUCAAGAGCGUGAUAUUGAUUUGAUCAACGACUUGGCAUUACACACAUCGGAAAAUCUGAUAGAUGGAAACGAAUGGAUUCGCAAAGCGAUCACGAACUCUGCUUUCCAACGAGUUUGGUUCUUAUUCUGCAUCGUUGUACUCACUUUUACUCUUCUUUUCCUCGACUGGUACAAUCCAUAA